CAGCGCUUUCGUUUGAGGCGCGCGUGUUGCAGGUUGUGGAUAGUUUUGUUUGUUUGAGCGCCUACUGACCGGCUUUGAAAAUGCUAACAAGUAAACUUUUUAGUCGCCCUUCUUCAGCCACACUGAAGUCGAUAACAUGCCGAAGUUAUGCCCGUCGGAAAGAGAACAGUGUCGCAGUGGUUCUUUCGGGAUGUGGUGUUUAUGAUGGAACAGAGGUUCAUGAGGCAUCUGCUGUGAUGGUUCAUCUGAGUAGAGGCGGAGUAAAGAUGCAGCUGUUUGCUCCGGACAUUGAUCAGAUGCACGUCGUCAACCACCUGACGGGGAACCCUGCAGACGGACAACGCAGGAACGUAUUGGAGGAAUCUGCAAGAAUCGGCAGAGGUAAUGUGAAGCCACUUGAUGAGCUUUCCAUUCACGACUAUGACGCAGUCAUCUUCCCCGGCGGAUUCGGAGCAGCCAAGAAUCUGUCAACCUUUGCCACGGAAGGAAGCAAUAUGUCGGUGGAGCCGCAAGUGGAGAAAGUUCUGAAAGAUUUCAGAUAUGCCAAAAAACCAAUAGGGCUGUGCUGCAUCUCGCCCGUGCUCGCUGCGAAGACCUACGACGCCUGCUCCAUCACGCUCGGCCAGGACGACGAGAACGCGGGGCCGGUUGCCGCGGCGACGGCGAUGGGGGCGACGCACCACAACAAGAACGCGACGGGGUUGCACAUCGACGAAGCCAACCACGUGAUCACGACGCCAGCGUUCAUGUGCGGCGCGGCGCCGAUGCACGAGGUGUUCGACGGCAUCGGCAACAUGGUCAACGCCGUGCUCAGACACAUCCGCAGCAAGCUGUAGGGAGGCGUAGGCGAGCGACGGCCGGGGUAACAAGAACACCCGGAACGUUCCCGCGUCCUUCGUGCGCGCGCGUGGGCGACAGGAACACCCGGAACGUUCCUGCGUCCUUCGUGCGCGCGUGGGCGACAGGAACACCUGUAACGUUCCCGCAUCCUUCGUGGGCGACAGGAACACCCGGAACGUUCCCUCGUUCUUCGUGCGCGCGUGGACGAUAGGAACACCCGGAACGUUCCCGCGUUCUUCGUGCGCGCGUGGACGGUCGGUCGGCUGGCGGGAACACCCGGAAUGCACGCGCGUCAUUCGCGACGUCGGUGUCUGCUUUGGGUUUUAGCAGCACUGGCGGUCGGAGCUCGGUGUUAGUAGCAGCGUCUCGGCGCGAUUUUGCGAUCGAAUCGUGUUGGGUGACGCGUUUGGAAUUUCGAGGAAAGCGAUCGAGUGUUUGCGUUUGUGUACAUGGGCGAGUAGUCUGUGGGCUUUGUUGUUUAGUUAGCAGAUUUAUCGACGAUGAAUUGUUAUGAAUAUUCGCGACGUGAGUGUUUCUGUGAAUAAUGCAAUAAAUUAAAAUGUAGCUACCGAGUUAUUAAAAAUGAAUUAAUGCUACAUCAA